AUGGCGUCGACAAGCAGGACUUACAAUGAUGCGAUUGACAGGCUCAACGAGCUGCAGACGCCGUUCGCGGUGAUUGAAGCCCGUCGCAAGGCCGGGAUCCUUCCUGACUCUGUCCUGGGCAUCGCCAAGAUGAGGGCGUAUCUCACAAGGAUCGGAUACACACCUGCGGAUCUUGAUCGCCUCAACAUUGUUCAUGUCGCAGGCACAAAAGGAAAAGGCAGCACCUGCGCCUUUGUCGAUUCCAUCUUCUCGCAGUACCAACAGCGCCACGGCGGCCCUCGUAAGACGGGACUCUUCACAUCACCUCAUCUCAUGGCCGUGCGUGAACGCAUCCGCAUCGACUCCAAGCCCAUAUCCGAGGAGCUGUUUGCAAAGUACUUUUUCGAGGUAUGGGACCGGCUCGAGGAAUCGCGAGAGGCUCCCGAAGAGGACACGCCGUUUGGAUCAAAGCCCGUGUACGCUCGCUAUCUGACGCUCGUGAGCUGGCACGCGUUCUUGCAGGAGGGCGUCGAGGUGGCCGUGUACGAAACUGGAAUAGGCGGCGAGUACGACUCAACGAACUUGGUGGAAAGUCCCGUGGCAUCGGGCAUCAGCACGCUUGGGAUCGACCACGUCGCUAUCCUGGGAGACACGGUGGAGAAGAUUGCCUGGCAUAAAGCCGGUAUUAUGAAGACGGGCAGCCCGGCGUUUACGAUUGAGCAGCUCCCCGGGGCGGCAGAAGUCUUGAUGAACCGAGCAAAUGAAAAAAAAGUCGACCUCAAGGCGUUGAAAAUCGAUCCUCGCUUGGAGGGCGUCAAAAUCAGGCCAAACGCAGUAUUUCAAAAGAAGAAUGCAUCAUUGGCAAUCGCCCUGGCAGAGACUGUCCUGACAAAGCUGGGUCUGUUGAAAGAAGCCUCCGAGUCGAAACUCCCCCGGGAAUUCAUCGACGGGUUGGAAAAGUGCGUCUUCAGGGGCCGAUGCGAAGUCAAGGAGGAGAAGAACGUGACCUGGCACCUCGACGGCGCCCACACCGCAGACAGCUUGAAAAUGUCCUCCAAGUGGUUCGCCAGCGAAAUCACCGGCCGAACCGGCCCCAGGGUCAUGAUCUUCAACCAACAAGGCCGCAUCGAAGCAAUCGACUUCCUGCAGCCCAUCAGCACCACCCUAAAAAGCAUCAACAAGGACCAAGACCGCCCGGCCUUUGACCACGUCAUCUUCUGCACAAACGUCACGUACUCCCAGACGGGCUACAAGCGCGACUUUGUCAACAACACCAUCGACCCGGCCGAAAUCGACAAGCUCACCGUCCAGCACGGCUUUGCCGGGAAGUGGGCCGCGAUCGACCCCAAGUCAAAGGUCGUCGUUUUGCCGACGAUUGAGGAUGCCUUGAACUACGCUCGUGGCGUGGCGGGGGGGUUGCCGGAGGGAGAGGUGGUUCAGGCGUAUGUUACGGGGAGUUUGCAUCUGGUGGGCGGUGCGUUGGGGAUUCUCGAGGAGACGGAUGCGCUGUGA